CGUUGCAUUUGGACUUUGUUUUUCCAUUUUGUCCAGUUUGUCAUUUUGACAGGAGAUGAGCGAUCACGCAACAACACCGCUGUCAGACGGAAGCGCAAGCAGUGCGUUCGCACCGAAUGAAGCAACGCCAAUGGACACCCACGGAACCCCUUCGACAAACACCUCGCAGGACAUGGUAGUAGACAUGAUGGAUGUGCUGCCAACGGCGUCCUCGUGGCUCGCUGCAGUCCAGUCGACGACGCCAGCGCCCGCCUUGGGCAGCGACUCGAACGCGACCGAAUCAGCCGACUCUCUGGCCACCGAGCAGCAGCCCGCCCCACCUCAUCCUCAUCAUCAUCAUCAUCCUCAUUAUCAUCAACAGCAACAUCAUCAACAACAGCAACAACAACAACAGCAGCAGCAGCAGCAGCAGCAGCAUCACCAUCAUGAUGCUCUGGGACCGCAAAUCCGAAACCUCGCGCACCACGGCGAUUUGGCCUUUCUGCAGCGCGACGCACUCACGCCCGAGUCAACGUCCCAGCGCAUCAUCCGAUCGGACUCGAGCCGUGCCGUCCAGACUGGUGUGCAGCAGGUGCUCCAUCAAGCCCAUCGACGAUCCGGCGCCGUCCCGCUCGUGUGGGGCUCGGAACAGCGCGACGAUCAAGCAGCUCACCACCACCCAACGCACCCCGCUCACCCUGCAACGCUACAUUCGCGCGAAGAUGCUCGAGGCGAAACGGAUCAAGACCACGAGGCUGCCGCCAAUGUCUCCAUGGCGGCUCAUGAUGACAACUCGGACAAUCUGCAGUCGAGCUGGUCGCAGGAGGACGAGGAGGAGUUUGAUCCGGACGAUUUGUUUGCUGCGCUCAGUGUGCCCGGAUCGCCAGCGGCCGUCACGUGGAUUGUCGGGAAUGAGGCCUUGAAUGAAGCCCUCAUGCUGUGCGCUUCGGAACCCAUCCGAACGCCAGGGCUCAUCCAGCCUGUGGGAGCGCUGGUGGUGGUGGAUGCCUUGACCGAACAAGUGAAAGCUGUUUCGGUCAACAUUGAGACCUUCACCGGCGCCUCGCUGCCUUCCCUUCAAAACAACACGUUUGAGCAAGUGUUUGGCAAGAGCUGCGCCACUGCUCUCCGCCGGUUUCGAGACUCGAACAGCAACUCUUACGUCUACCUCCACACAUUCCGCCCGCCCUGCAAGAAUUACGAGCUCAUGACGGUCUCGAUGCAUCGCCAAAACAGUCUCAUCCUUGUAGAGAUUGAGCAGGCCACCAAAGCCGCCAUCAGUGGUGAUUUGUCCGUGGCCAUGAAAGAAUCGCUCAAGCUCAUCACCGAUUCAAAAUCCGUCCCGGAUGUGUGUCAAGUUCUCGCACAAGAAGUGCAACGCCACAGUGGCUUUGAUAGAGUCAUGGUGUACAAGUUCGACGAAGAUUACAAUGGAGAGGUGGUUGCGGAAACGCGCUCGCGGGACGACGUGCCCUCCUACAUGGGACAACACUUUCCUGCAGCAGAUAUUCCUCCACAGGCGCGAAAGUUGUACACUAUCAACUGGCUGCGUAGUAUCGGUGAUGUUGACUCGGUCCCGUGUCGAAUCGUUUCCGUCGAUCCGACCUUCUCGGACAUGGACGCGCUCUCCAUCGACAUGACUCCGCUCCACCUCCGCGCCGUCUCAGUCAUCCAUCUGCAGUACCUUCGCAACAUGGGUGUCAAGGCCAGCAUGUCUCUGUCCAUCAUCCACAAGAAGCGUCUGUGGGGCUUGGUGGCUUGCCACCACUUGUCCGCGGCCAAGUUUUUGCCGGCGCAACAGCGCAGUGCAUACGAGCUGAUUGCCGUUGCCUUCAGCGUACACCUUGGAAACCUCCGAGAUGCCGAGUACCAGCAGUAUCUGAACACAACCGCCAACCAUAUUUCACGCAUCCUCGCCAGCACCGCAGACCGCUCCACAACGUUGGUCGACCUACUCCGGCACCACAUGGAAAGCUUCCUCGCUGCAUUCGGGGCCAACGGUGCUGUGCUGAUCAACGGCGACGACAAUUCGCUGCGAGUGGGCAAUCCUGCGUUCUUGGCGCUCGACUGGCUCGAGGUUUUGAGAGCUUGGUUGGUUUCGAGCGUCUCACUGCCACUCGUCUUCCGCUCUGACUCGAUGCGGCGCCACUUUUCUGCCACUCAGUCGCCGGAUGUCGCUGUGGUUCCUUCCGGCGGCAUCAUGGUGAUUCCAAUCGACCAUGUUCAUGGAAUCUUCCUGGCGCUCUUUCGCAACGAAAUCACCCAAACCGUCUCGUGGAGUGGCGCCACGCCCGAAACCGUCAAGGUUCGCCAAGACGGUCCAGCUGGCAGCACCGCCGCCAUCCUUGCACCUCGCGUGUCCUUUGAAAACUGGCGAGUGGAGUAUCGCGAUCGGUGCUUGCCUUGGACGGAUGUGGAGCUCAAAGAGGCCUCGGUCCUUCGAACGGCGCUCGCUCAAGUUGCCGCAACCGAGCGGAUGGGAGCUGUCGUCAUGGGGAGCGCCGCUCCAGCACCAAUGACCACCGAACCGCGUCCACUGAAAGUUGGCAUGGUGGUCGCUUCUACAACACCCUCCUCGCCAGGCUCGCUAGCAACUGCACCCAGCACACAAAAGCAGAGUGACUCCAUUGCAAUGCAUGCAACCUUUUCUGCUGCCCAUGCGGUCCAGCGGGUUAUAUCCAUCCUGAAUACUCCGUCGACCGAGACCGUUGGCUCACAGGGCCUAUCCACGCUUGUCAAGAGCAACAGCGCAGCGUCUGGCGUUGUGUCCGAUCGGCAGGUCUUUGAUCAAGGUGCUGGAGCAAGCGACACGGAAGCCGCUGUGGACCAAGCGCGUUUGCUGGAACAACAGCAGCAGCAGCAAGCUGUCACAAAGCUGAUCGAAGCUGCAAAAAUGGACACAUCCCUCAUGGUGCUCGACGUUCAGCCCAUCCAUUUGCGACGUCGCUUCUCGCAGUGGCUCGCGGCAGUGACCCAGCAGUUGCUCUCGCGGUUGAAUUGCAACAUCACCACCACCAUCAACCCAUCUUGCGACAUUGUCAUCCUGUCCGACCCCAUCAAACUGCAGUCCGCACUGAGCAACAUUGUUUUUGCAGCCUCGCAAAUGGCUGACGUGCAAAAGUGCUCGCUGGAAGUGACAGUCACCUCUGUCGCCGCCGCUCAUGCUCCAGUGGUGGCCCCGCUCUACUUUCAGAAGCCCGCGGCCGGUGUGUCCCUCUCGACAAGCCCGGCCGGCGCAGCGACACUACCGGCCCAAACGCCCGCUCUGCCUGUCGCACCGACGCCCGCCACGACGUCCGGUUCAUCGGAGCGAUCCCGCGAGGUCUUGUCGGUGGGUGUUCGUAUCCCGCACCUCAUCCCUCACGUCAUUCAGGACAACGUGUUGCCUGACAUUCAGGCUUUGGCGUCGGCGCGCCACCUGGCGGCAGCGCUCGGAGGAACCGUCCAGACCUCCUUCCCUAGCGGCGCAAAGCAGCCCGAGUCGCUCACGUUCUUCCUGCGCAUUCCCGUUGAUGCCGCCAAAACCGUGUCUGCUGUGCCCCACACGCAUGUCGACCCUAUUUUUGCCAAACCAGCCGUGCCACACGUGGCCAAGCGCAGAGCAGAGAGCAGUAGCAGCAGCACCCCGCUUUCGCUUGCCCAAGUCUCUGUGCACGUCGUGGACAAUGCUGAUGUGCGAAUGCCGCUGUGGCGCUACGUGUUUGAGUGGUUGAAAGUGGGCAGCGCCACGUACUAUCCCGACGUCGCGAGCCUGCUUCGGGCUUUGCGCCAGACUGACGUUGCUCCGGGCGCCAACAACAACAACAACAACAACAACAACAACAACAACAACAACAACAGCAGCAGCAGCAACCACAUGGUGGUGCUUGCUCACGUCGACAUGCCAGAGAUCUCUUUGCUUGUCAGCACGAUGAGCACUGAGCAGAUUCCACUCAUCUUGGUCGUUCCACACUCGCGCAUGACCGCUGAAGAGGAGCAUUGGCGCUCGCUUCCCGUCCAUGCUUGUCUCUCCUUCCCGCUCGAGCCUGCGACCCUCUCGGCUACUCUGACUCGGAUUUCUCAGCAUAACCGAUCGGACGGCGGACAUGCCUCAAAGAAAGCCAGACUAGAGCCCCAGUGAUGAAACGUGUUGCUCCAAGAUUGCAAAUUAGUUUUUUUUUGUUGUUGUUUUUUUUUUUUUUUUUUGGAAUGGAGGUGGUUUUCAGAAUACAAGGGGGGA